AUGAGCUCAAGCGUCACCCGGUCGCUGCCUUUUCUCGUCAACCCGGCUGAGGCCACGCCCGCCGGCGAUCUCCACCUCACCGCCAUGGACAGAGCUCUUGCUUCCCUGCCCAUGGCAGCACUGUUGGUCUUCGACAACCCCAUCGAUCAGCCGGCCGAGAGCAUCAAGAGAGCUCUGUCUCGUGCGCUUGUUCCAUACUACCCAAUGGCCGGCCGCCUCACCGGCACCGGCGACCAGCUGAAAAUCGUGUGCACCGGUGAGGGCGUGGUGUUCGUUGGCGCGUCUGCGAGCUGCACCCUGAAGGAGGCCAGGCUCUCCGAUCCGCGACCGGUGCUCACCGUCGAGGACCUCACUAUCAGCUAUGCCGGCCAGUACAGCACGGAUCCGUCAUUGCUGCAGAUGCAGGUGACCGAGUUCUCCUGCGGUGGCUUUGUCGUCGGGGUGACGUGGAACCACGUCGUCACAGACGGCGCCGGGAUGGCGCAGUUCUUGCAGGCCGUCGGCGAGUUUGCCCGCGGGUUCCCUUCUUCCCCUUCCGUCUGGCCGGUGAGGGUGGACCACGCCCUCCCUGAACUUCCCCCGCCCAUAACCACCAUGACCAAGGCACUCGUCAGCAGCAAGCACAGCGACUUCCCGUCCUCCUACAUCACUGUUCCCCGGAGCUUCAUCGACCGCGUCAAGGACGAGUUCCGUCGUCGUCGCAGCAGCGGUGGCGGCGGACUGGAGGUGGCGCCGGCGUCGUGCACUGCGUUCGAUGUCUUCACCGCCGCCAUAUGGAAGUGUCGUGCGCGCGCGACGAUCGCCAGCGCCGCCAGCCAGGACUCUCCCACGGCGCUCACCUUCACGGUGAACGUGAGGAAGCCGGCCAAGGCCAAGGACGGCUACUACGGCAACGUGUUCGCCUUCGGUCUUGCUGCCUCGACGCUGCGCGAGGUCGCGGACGGCGACAUCCUGGACCUCGUGAGGCUGGUCAAGGACGCUAAGGCACGAGUCCCGCACAUGUUCGCUGACGGAGCGGCGUACAUCGCGGACGCGAUGGGCGGCCGGCUCAAGGGCCUCGACGGGUACGACACCCUGUACGUGACGAGCUGGUGGAAUCUCGGCUUGGACGACGUCGACUUCGGCAGCGGCGGCGCUGAGCGCGUCAUGGGGAACGUGGAGCGCAAGGUGGUGCCGGGGUGCAUCCUGUGCGGGAGGAAGGACGACAAGGCCGAGGGCGUCGCCGCCAUGGCGCUCUGCGUCAGGCAGGAGCACGCGGAGGCCUUCCAUGCGGAGCUGCAAAGCCUCAAGUGA